AUGGAUAUUGUAGAGGAAGUUUGUAAGGAUAAAACUGUGCGUCAAUAUGUAAAGGGUAAAUUCUUAGGGAAAGGAGGGUUUGCAAAAUGCUAUGAAUUUUAGCAUGGAGAAUAAUCUUAUGCUAGCAAAAUAAUUAGCAAGGCAAGUCUUACAAGAUCAAGAGCAAGAUAAAAAUUAAUGUCUGAAAUCAAGAUACAUCGCAGUCUAUAGCAUCAAAACAUAGUUGGGUUCCAUAGAUAUUUUGAGGAUGAUGAAAAUGUUUAUAUAUUAUUAGAAUUAUGCACUAAUCAGACUAUGAAUGAGUUACUCAAAAGAAGAAAAAGAUUAACUGAACUUGAAGUGUAAUGUUAUCUUAUGUAAAUACUAAUUGCACUUUAGUAUUUACAUAAGCAUAAAGUUAUACAUAGAGAUUUAAAAUUAGGCAAUUUAUUUUUGUCUGAUAAAAUGGAAGUCAAAUUAGGAGAUUUUGGGUUAGCUACUCUGAUAGAAUUCGAGGGUGAAAGAAAACGCACUGUUUGUGGCACACCCAAUUAUAUAGCACCAGAAAUCUUGGAAUCUAAAAGUGGUCAUAGUUUUGAAGUAGAUAUUUGGUCAUUUGGUGUUAUUGCUUAUACCCUUUUGAUUGGCAAACCUCCUUUUGAAACAACUGAUGUCAAAACUACUUAUAGAAGAAUCAAAAUGAAUGCUUACUAAUUCCCUGAAUCUAGUAUCAUUAGCAAUGCAGCAAGACAGCUGAUCAGUAAGAUUCUUAUCACUGAACCAUCUAAACGAUUAACUCUUUAAGAAAUUUAAGAUCACGAAUUCUUUCACGGUCUUAUUCCUUAAUUAUUACCUUUAAGCACAUUGGCUUGUCCACCCUCCUCAUAAUACAUGAGAUAGUAUCAGAAAUAACAAUCUACCAGUAUACCAAAAUUUGAAAACACUGAAAAAAGACCUCUUGAUCUCAAAUAACGUCCUCAAUAUGCAAGUAUGGAUAGAAUUCCAUUACGUUCCAAUAUCGAAAGUUGUCUUAAUUAGAAUUAUGUCAUUUAAGAGCCACAAAUCUAUGUUAAAAAAUGGGUUGAUUAUUCAAGUAAAUAUGGGUUGGGAUAUGUUUUCAAUAAUUUUCAAUGUGGAGUUUUUUAUAAUGACUGUUCAAAAAUGCUGAUGUUGAAUGAUGACAAAUACAUUUAUAUUGAUAGAAAUGGAGAAGAAAAGGAAGGAACCUUAAGAGAACAAACUCCAGAUAUGCAAAAGAAAUCCACUUUGAUGAUUCAUUUUAAGGGAUACUUAAUAGAAAAUGAAAUUGUUAAUGAAACUGAUUAAUAAAUUUGGCAAAAAAUUUAUGUUAAAAAAUGGAUGAAGGCAAAGCAUGCCAUCAUUUUUAGACUCUCUGAUAAGACUGUCUAAGUAGUUUUUAAUGAUAAUACACAAAUUAUUUUGACUUAAUAAUUAAAGGUGGUUACUUAUAUCGAUAAGGAAUUAGUUAAAUCAACCUAUAUGUUAAGCACUGCUUUAGAAAGCGAAAACAACUAAAUGGUUAAAAGACUUAAAUACACUAAAGAGAUACUUAGUUAAAUGUUAAGUGGUGGUAAUGGCCAUGGAACUUCCUCUUAAGUUGAUGUUUAACAGCAAAAGCCAUUGUAAGAGAGGGUGAAUACCCUUACUUCGUUAAAUUAGCAAAACAUCUAUAGUAGUACUUCAAGAUUGAAAAGUUCUCUACAUAAUAAAUGA